AUCGGCGCCGGGCCUCUUUGGAUCUCGACCGGCCGCUUCGCAGCAUGCGCAAGGUCCGCUUCCACGUGCUGAGCUGCUCGGGCGAAGACCCCGCGGGCCCCGCAGCGCUCCUCAACGAGCAUGACAACACGGGUACCGGGUACCUCACGCCCAAGAAUUGCGAGUACCCGCAGGAGCUCGUAAUCGAGCUCGAGGCGACGGCGCGCAUCACGCAGAUCCAAGUGCUCUCACACCAGUGCUACAUUGCGACCAAGAUCGAGCUCUACCUCUCGACGGACGGCGCGGCCUUCUCGCGGCUCGGCUUCUUGAGCCUCAAGUCCAACAAGGAAAGCCAGUACACGGCGCGCGAGCUCAAGACGGUCCAUAUCGACGCGUUCACACGCUACAUCAAGCUCAAGCUGCAUCAAUGCUACAUCAACGAGAAGAACUUGUACAGCCAGGUGGGCCUUGUCGCGAUCAACGUCAACGGCGAGGUCCCGGAGGAAGCCGCGCACGAGGUCGAGCUCGACUCGCUCAGCCACGUCCACCAGCCGCUGCCGACAGCGCCGACGCCGACGCGAUCGGUCUCCAAGGCCAAGAGCCAGCCGCCCAAGGAAGCCUCCUCGACGUCCGCGUCGAUGGACGACAUGCGCUUUGAUGCCAAGACAGCGGCCAAGAUCCGUGAGAUUCACUUGGCAAAAGAAAAAGCUGUCGCCAUGGAAGACUACGACCAGGCCAAGCGCUUGAAGGCGCUCGAGGAGCAGCUCAAGAGCGUCGGCCUCCAACUCGCGCGCCUCGAGGCCGCCAAGCGCGACGCCGUCGAGAACGAGGACUACGACGCCGCCAAGCGCAUCAAAGAUGAGAUCGCGCAGCUCGAGAACGAGCUCAGCCUCGGCGUAAACGCCCCCGCGCGCCCCGUGGUCGACUCGAGUCGGGCGCCCAUGUCAACGUCGUCGCGGGCGCCGGUCAAGCAAACCAGUCGCAACGAGCACGUCGAGAGUGGGUACCCGCCGGCUGUGCCGUCGCUGCCCAAGCCAGCGCCACGCAAAGCAGCUCCGGCUGUCGUACAAGAAGCACCGUCGCACGCCGCCGCCGACGACGACGCGGGCGGAGCGCAGCACGAGACACCGACACGUGGAGGUCCCAACCCGCAUUUUGAAGGCCUCGACGAUGUCGACGACCUCGGGGACCCCGAGCCGCUGCCGUCAGCGCUCGAGAAGGAGAGCGCCGAGAUGAUCGAGGUCAUCGGGCUCUACCUCACGCAGUGCUUUUACAGCAACAUAUGGAAUCACCGGGACGCGGCGCUGCGCAAGGUCCAGCUCGAUCUGCCAGCGUACGAGCUGCCACCCGAGAGUGUUCUUCCCGUCCUUUCGACGCUCGUGCAAAGCGGGAUUGGCGACCGCAUUUCGCAAGUGUCGCUCUCUGCGCUCUCGCUCUGCGAUGCGAUGCUGCUGUACGCCCAAGACCACGCCGACGCGCUGGGGUCCGAAGCCAUCGCGCACACGUUUACCAACCCGAUCGUGCAGCUGGUCAACAAACUCGGCGAGCCGCAGGCCAAGAUUCGCGACGAAGUCACGGCCGUGUUGCUCAAGCUCGCCGCGGCCGACGACGUGGGCACGAGCGUCGUCGGUGGCCACGUCUGCCGACGCACGACCAAGAAGGCGCUCGCGAUCAAGCAUCUGCAAGGUCGACUGGGCCUUGUGAAAGACCUCCUUGCGCAGUACGGUCCGACGGCCGAUGACUUUUCGCUUCCCGGAAUCAUGACCUUCCUGGAAGAGAAUGGGGCGUUUGCACACCAGAGCAAGGACAUUCGGGAGCUCGCCAAAGACAUUACCGUGUUUUUACAUCAAGUUGGCGGCGCCGAGGUCGAGCCCUUUCUCAAGACGCUGCGGCCAAAGCAGCUCGAGGAGUACGAGGCGGCGUUCGAAGCGGCGUCGGCCCCAAAGAAGAAGCCAGCACCUGCAUCCAAAGCGCCAGCACCUGCAUCGAAGGCACCAACACCCGCCUCACGAUCGCGCGCGCCACCGUUGCAGGACGCUGGUAGUGACACGGACUCGAACGCGUCGGUGGACGACGGCACGUGUCCGUUCUGUGACGAACACAAUGACGCGUUCGACAAUGAGCGGCUCGACCAACAUUUCUGGGCCGAGUGUCCGAUGCUCACGCAGUGCAAAAUGUGUGGCCAAGUGAUCGAGAUUAGCACGCUCAACGAGCACUUGCUCGUCGAGUGCGAGCUCAAGCAAAACCACAAGGAGUGUCCUCGGUGCCACGAAGCCAUUACCCUCAAGUACUUUAACCAACACGUCCAAGAGAACGAUUGUGUGCCGAUGCCGGACCCCAACGACGGCAACCGGUGCCCGCUGUGCCACGACGAUAUCGGGCCUCGCAAGCGCGGCUGGAAGACGCACUUGCUUCACGAGCGUUGCCCUCAAAACCCACGAACGACGACGUAG